GCAGAUUUCGGUCAUGGCAUCGAAGCUCUGCGACUCUUGCCAAUCGGCGAAGGCGACUCUGUUCUGCCGCGCCGACUCCGCUUUCCUCUGCGUCAACUGCGACUCCAAGAUCCACGCGGCCAACAAGCUCGCCUCCCGCCACCCCCGCGUCUGGCUCUGCGAGGUCUGCGAGCAAGCUCCAGUUCACGUCACCUGCAAGGCCGACGACGCCGCCCUCUGCGUCACCUGUGACCGCGACAUCCACUCCGCCAACCCUCUCAGCCGCCGCCACGAGCGAGUCCCUGUCACGCCGUUUUACGAUUCCGUGAACUCAGCUGCAGACUCGGUCCCCGCCGUCAAAUCUGUCGUCAACUUCCUCGACAACCGCUACUUAUCCGACGUGGACGGCGAGACGGAAGUGAGCAGGGAGGAGGCCGAGGCCGCCUCGUGGCUGCUCCCGAACCCCAAGGCGAUGGAGAAUCCAGAUCUGAACUCGGGGCAGUACUUGUUCCAGGAGAUGGAUCCGUAUCUGGAUCUGGACUACGGGCAUGUGGAUCCGAAACUUGAAGAAGCUCAGGAGCAGAACAGCUGCGGCGCGGACGGCGUCGUUCCGGUGCGGAGCAAGAACAUGCAGCCUCUGCUAGUUAACGACCAGAGCUUCGAACUCGACUUCUCCGCCGGCUCCAAGCCCUUCGUCUACGGCUACCACCACGCUCAGUGUCUGAGCCAGAGUGUAUCAUCUUCGUCGAUGGACAUCAGCGUCGUGCCGGAUAGCAACGCGGUGACGGACGCGUCGGAUGCAUACACCAAGUCACUGACCGCCGCUGUGGAGACAUCGCAACUGGCGGUCCAGCUCUCGUCCGCGGAUCGCGUGGCGAGGGUGCUGAGGUACAGAGAGAAGCGGAAGAACCGAAAGUUCGAGAAGACGAUACGGUACGCUUCGAGAAAAGCGUACGCGGAGACUCGGCCGCGAAUCAAAGGCAGGUUCGCGAAGCGCACGGAGGUGGAGAUCGAAGCCGAGCGGAUGUGCCGCUACGGCGUCGUUCCGUCGUUUUAGGUUAAUAAUGUAAUUAACCGGUAAUCAAGCUUUGUAAUUUCGUUUUUGUUCCCGGGAAAUCGGCUGUGGGUGUAAAUAUCGGUCGAGAUCCGGUGUACCUGUACGAUCCAUGGAAUCUUGGCCGUCGAUUUUGUACAAGUUUUUCUUCUGCAGUAGUGAAAUUUUAAUUUGGUA